AUGAAACACUUUGUGGUGUUAGCCUUGAUUGCAUGCAUCUAUGCAACAUCUAUAACUGAAAUGACUGACAAACUUGCCUAGUAUGGCGAUCACCCUUUUGGAAAGUCAAUGAUCAAUUUAGUUUCUGUAAAUAUGAAGACAGGAGGAUCCCUCAAUGAAUUAAAGCAACUUUUGUAAUAAAUUAAGGAUGAACUCAUUUCUCUUACUUAAUUAUAAGAUCAAGAAAAUGCCACAUUCAAUCGUAGAAGCCAAGUUGAUUUGGCUAAAUUAUAAGCUACUUUAGAAUAAGCAUAAGCCGAUUUGGACAAUUAAAGAUAAGAACAAACAAGUCUUAGCAAUGAAUUAACAACUCUUUAAACUAGAGUAAAUGAGGAUCAGGCUGCUUUAGAUAGAAAUAGUAGAGGAAGUGGUGAUGCUUAAUCAAGAUUGGAUGCAGAAAAUACAGAUUUUACAGCUAAAUAUCAAGACUAUAGCGAUGCCAUUUUGGCUUGUAAGGAAGCAUAAAGAUUACUCAUGAAUUUGAGAGGUGAAGGAGCAUCACUAAUUUAACUUACUUAGGACACCAAGAGCAAUCUCUUAUAAACCAAAGAGAAUUUCUAAAAAAUUAAGGAAAUCUUGGAGGCUCAUACUAAAAAGAGUUCUUUAACAUUGUUCCAGCCAAUUAUUGAAGGAUUAGCUGAAAUGACAACUAAAGUUAACCCAGAAACCCUUAAUAACGUAUUGAGUUUAGUUGCUCGUUUGAUAACUGCCUUAUAAGAAGGACAAGAUUAACUUGAAGCAAAUCACAAAACAUAAAUUGAAAAUUUGACUAGAUUAGGUGAUGACUUAAAAAACGAAAAACAAACAUUACAAGUUUCAUUGGCCACUGCAAACAAUAGACUUAAGGAAAUAUAAUCUAGAUUGAAUGAAUUAGAUGGAUUAAUUAAUAUUUCAAAUGCUUUAGUAGAAGUUACCUAAUUAAACAUUUAAGAUGCUACUAAAAUUAAUGAAUUGGAAGACUCAGAAUACAGCAAUCAAAAGGUUAGUAGAUAAACCGAAAUUGAUAUAGUUGACAGAUUAAUCGAAUAUAUCAAUCAAAAAUUAUCUGAAUGAGUUGACGCAAUUAUAUCCAAAUAAUAAUUCUAAUAAAGUUUAAAUUUAUAUCCUAUUGUUUCUAAU